AUGGCAGUGACAACCACAUUGACAUGGAAUGAGGAAAGAAGUUUUCAAAAGCUGCUUGGAAAUGUUUCUCUGAGACUUCUUUAUAAGUCUAGUGUCCAUGGAGAAAACACUGUAGAAAUGCAGAAUAGGUGCCAUUGUCAAGGACCCAUUGUAACAGUGAUUUAUCAUUCCCACAAUAUUUUUGGUAUCUUUAUGCUUGGGCAUAGUUCUGAAAAGUCCAAAAGUUUUAUAGAGCCAAAUGAUUCCUUCUUUUUUUCACUUCAAAAGAAUGAAACAAUGGAAAUGAAAACUGUAGUUUUAAAUUCAACAGUGACAAUUUCCUAUAAUACCCUGGAAUUCAAUAUCUCUAGUUAUGACAAACAAUAUUUAGUUCUAAAUUUCAGCACAAAAUGCAUUUGUAUAGCUAGAGUUUUAGAGCAAGAGUUAAGAGUAAAAUGUAACCCAAUGUUCCCACGUUUAGAAUGUGAAGUUUUUCGAGUUGAAGGAAUUAAGGAUGAGGCAGGCUACAUAAACAGGAUAACAAGAGCCACACAGCACAGAAAUAGUCUCCUAGCAGAUGUCAGAGCCUACAGUCCCUAUGCAGACUUGGUUUCAGAAAUCCAUAUUCUCUUGCUGGGUCCAGUUGGGUCUGGAAAGUCCAGUUUUUUCAAUUCAGUGAAGUCCAUUUUCCAAGGCCAUUUGACUCGCCAAGCCAUAGUGGGAUCUGAUGUCACCAGCAUUACUGAACAGUAUAGGAUAUAUUCUAUUAAAGAUGGAAAAAAUGGCCAGUCUCUGCCAUUUAUGUUGUGUGACUCCAUGGGGCUGGAUGAGAAAGAGGGAGUAGGGUUAUGUGUGGAUGACAUACCCCACAUCUUAAAAGGCUGUGUGCCAGACAGAUAUGAGUUUAGUCCCCAAAAACCAAUUACACCAAAGCAUCCUACUUUCAUCACCUCUCCAUCACUGAAAGACAGGAUUCACUGUGUGGCUUAUGUCUUUGAUAUCAACUCUAUGGACAAUCUCUCCCCUAAAAUGAUGGCGAAGCUCAAACAAAUUCAAAAAGAAGUAAUAAACUGUGGUGUAGCACAAGUAGCAUUACUUACUAAAGUGAAUAAUUGCAAUGAAGUUCUUCAAGACAACUUCUUAAAGAUGAAUAAGGCUAUGGUUUCUCAAAGCCAGAUACAGAAUGUCAGCAAGAUACUAGGCAUUCCUCUUUCUAGAAUAUUGGUGGUUGAAAAUUAUGCUUCAGAGAGGGAGAUGGACCCUUUAAAGGAUAUUCUGAUCCUCUCUGCACUGAAGCAGAUGUUCCGAGCUGUGGAUGACUUCUUAGAGGAUUUGCUUCUUGAGUAA